CGGCUAGAGUAGUGACUUAAGUCGGUCCUCCGCGAGCAUUGCAUCCCCAAUCACCGACAUCCCGAUCACGAUCCGCUCACCUCCUUCAUCACGUCUCUCGCUCGUUGCGUUAGCUGGAUUUGGAAACCGGAGAUAGAGGAGGCGGUGGCGGUCUGACGGAUCAGAGCGGCUCCGCCCGACUGGCGUCCGGCCAUGGAGACGAAGCCGCCGCAGCCACCGACGGCACAGCAUCUGCCGCAGCAGUGGCGGAGGAAGUGGGUGGUGCCCUUGCUCGCCUCUUUCUUCCUCUCCUCACUCCUCAUAUCUGCCUUCCUGUUCUCCUCCUCUUCGUCCUCAUCCUUCGCCGCCAUCUCCUUGUCUCGCCAGGCCCUUCUCCUCUUCUCCUUCUCGCAAAUCGCCUCCCCGAGCUACGAGGAUUCGCUUUUCGUCGAGUCCAAACUCCACCAGCUGUCGCAGUCCUCCUCCUCGGGGCGGUCGGUCCCCCGCCUGGCCUACCUCAUCUCCGGCUCCUCCGGCGAUGGACCCAGCAUCCAGCGGACCCUUCGAGCGCUUUACCAUCCGACCAACCAGUACGUUCUCCACCUCGAUCUCGAGUCCCCGGCCGUGGAACGGUUAGAUCUUGCGACGGCUAUCCGGGGCGACCCCGUCUAUGCUCGCUUUGGUAACGUCAGGGUGGUCACUCGCGCGAACCUCGUCACUUACCGAGGUCCCACCAUGGUUGCCAACACCCUCCAUGCGGCCUCCAUUCUCCUCAAGGAGUCCGGCGACUGGGACUGGUUCAUUAAUCUCAGCGCCUCCGAUUACCCUCUCAUCACGCAGGACGAUCUACUCUACACACUAUCAAGUUUGCCUAGAGAUUUCAACUAUAUUGAGCACACUAGUGACAUUGGAUGGAAAGAGUUCCACAGGGCUAGGCCUUUGAUUAUAGAUCCCGGGCUUUAUAGCUUGCAGAAGGCAGAUGUGUUCUGGGUUACUGAAAAAAGGGGUCUACCUUCUGCAUUCAAGCUAUUUACUGGCUCUGCUUGGAUGAUGCUUACACGUCAGUUUAUUGAAUAUUUGAUAUGGGGAUGGGACAACCUUCCAAGAACAGUGCUAAUGUAUUAUGCGAACUUUCUCUCAUCGCCUGAAGGAUACUUCCACACAGUAAUCUGCAACGCUCCUGAGUUCCGCAACACCACUGUCAACCACGACCUGCAUUUCAUAUCUUGGGAUAACCCUCCGAAGCAGCACCCACACUUCCUAACACUAGAUGACUUCUCAGGCAUGGUAGAUAGCAAUGCUCCAUUUGCAAGGAAGUUUGGCCGAGAUGACCCAGUACUAGACAAGAUUGACAAGGAACUCCUUGGCCGUGAUCCCGGUGGUUUUAUUUGGGGUGCAUGGCACGACAGACUAAAAAAGAAUUCUAGCAAUGAUCAACAUUACAUUAUUAAGACAGUUGCUGAUCUCAGGCGAGGGCCAGGUGCUCAAAGGCUUAAAGCUCUAAUAACCAGUCUUAUUUCGGCAGAUGGUUUCAGCGAGCGGCAUUGUGUUUGACAUGGACAAUCGGAGGCCAUUUUUUUAUUGCGACGUCAAACUUUUAGCUUCAUGGCUGGAUGUUCUGAAGGCCUGGUGCACGAACCAUUGAAUAGGUGGAGGGAAUAGGCAACUUAUAUUUGGUCAUAAUUUUGAAGAGUAGGAAGGCUUGCAAAUAAUUCAUAAAUCUGUUGAUUCUCGACUGUCACACACAAAUUAUUUUUAAGCAUAGCAACAAGUUCAUGAUCGAUGCUCA